AAGUUCUUGAAUUUCUGGAAAAUAAGACAAAAACAUAAAGUCUGACUUCGUGUUAAAUAUUUGCACAAUUGUUUGUAAAUUGUAUAGCUAAAAACAGAUUCAAACUUAAACGAAUAUUGCACAAUUAAAGUAAACAUUACUUCAUAACAUUAUUAAACGUGAUGAAAACAUCCAUAACAAUACUCCUUAUUGGGAGUUGCAUACUUUUGAGCUGUGCACUACCAGUUACCAAAACAAAAAAAGAUGAGAAAAAAGAAGAAUCUAGCACUCCCGAAUCGCCAGACGUUGAGACAGCCUUGGAAUAUGAACGCUAUUUAAAAGAGGUCGUUGAUGCAUUGGAAAGUGAUCCAGAUUUUCGUAAAAAAUUAGACAAAGCUCCAGAAGCUGAUAUCCGUAGUGGUAAAAUUGCCCAAGAACUUGACUAUGUGAAUCAUCAUGUACGCACGAAAUUAGAUGAAAUCAAACGCCGUGAAUUGGAACGUUUACGUGCGUUGGCCAAAAAGGAAUAUGAAUUAGAGAAUGAAAUUGAUCGUGAACACUUGAAAAUCAAUCAGCAUGUGGAUCAUGCAAAUGAGCACACUUUCGAGAUUGAGGAUUUGAAAAAAUUAAUUAAAAAAACUGCCGAAGACUUGGCUGAAGCCGAUCGUAAGAGACAAGCUGAGUUUAAAGAGUAUGAAAUGCAAAAAGAAUUUGAAAAAGAAAUGGUCAAGAAGGAACUAGAUGAACAACAACGCAAAAAAUUCGAAGAAGAACAAAAAGCAUUAGAGGAGAAGCACAAGAAACAUGAAAAAGUACAUCAUCCUGGAAACAAAGCUCAAUUAGAAGAAGUAUGGGAGAAACAGGAUCAUAUGGAUAAACAGGAUUUUGACCCUCAUACAUUCUUUAUGAUACAUGAUGUCGAUGGUAAUGGAUUUUGGGAUGAAACUGAAGUUAAAGCUUUGUUUGUAAAAGAAUUAGACAAAGUGUACCAGUCUGGUUUACCUGAAGACGAUAUGCGCGAACGUGCUGAAGAAAUGGAACGUAUGCGUGAGCAUGUUUUCCAAGAAACCGAUACCAAUCGAGAUGGGUUAAUUAGUUUUCAGGAAUUUUUGGAACAAACAAAGCGCGAUGAAUAUAAUAGAGAUCCAGAAUGGCAAACUAUAGACGAACAACCACAAUAUACACAUGAAGAAUAUUUAGAAUUUGAACGCAGAAGAAAGGAGGAAAUCGACCGAAUGAUUGCACAAGGAUUGCUUCCUCCACAUCCAAAUAUGCCACAAGGCUAUUAUGCUCAUGAUCCAAAUGCUGCAUACCAAACUGGCCAACAACAUCCAUCUGGAUACCAACAACAGCCACAAAUGCAUUAUCAAGAUCCCCAACAACAACAUAUGCAACAGCAACAACAAUAUCAGCAUCAACAGCAACAAUACCAGCAGCAUCAAUAUCAACAGCAACAAUACCAACAACAUAAUCAACAGCAACCACAAUUCCAAGGACAACAAGUUCAACUAAAUCCGAAUCAAGUGUAUCAACAAAUUCCAGCUCAACAACAGCAGUAUCAGCAACAACCACAACCUGUCGUAAAUAAUUUGCCACCUCAGCAACAACAGCAGCCGGUUAAUAAUUUACCUCCCCAAAAACCUGUUGCCAGCAAUUCUCCCACUCAGCAACAACCUGUUGUGAACAAUUUACCAUCCCAACAACAGCAGCCUGUAGCUAACAACAACAUUAAUCAACAGCAACAGCAGCAACCAAUAAAUAAUGCUAUACCCCAACAGCCAAUAAAUAAUGUGCAACAGCAGCAAAACAACAUUCCUCAAAAGCAUUAGAAUCGUUCAAGCUUAAAUUUUCCAAUAAAUAUAUAACUUGAACACAAAUUGUCUAAGAAACAUUCAUUCAUCUCGUAAUCAUUUGUACUUUUCUUAUUCCAAAUAUUGACAUUAUCUACUAAUAAUAUGUGAUUGUUUUCAUGGUAAACUAAAUACAUACGGAUACAUUUCAUUUACCAUCUCAAAAUUGUAUAAUAUCUGCAUUUGUUUAUAACAUUUCAAUAACCUAUUUUCUUGUAUACAUACAUGCAAUUUUUUUUUAACAAUUAUAAAGUUAUGUCAUAUAUUUUUAUAUAUGUAUAUUGUACGUUUAAGACGAUUUUAUAUUGUGUAUUGUUUUCUUUUCGUUUAUUAUAAAUAAAUUAAAUGAAAUGCAAAUUUAA